AUGCCGUCGAUCGCCCAGGAAUCGCCGACGGUGCAGUCGUCCAGGAAGCGGAGGCGAGACGGCAACGACCACCAGAUAUACCCUGCUACAAACACCCCUCACGGGAUCUUUGACCAGGACGAUCGAACCCACCAUUCUUCUGCCUUAGCCAACCGCAAGAUCAUCCCCAUACCACCGGGCAAGCGGCAGCGAACAUUAGUCGACAUAGAGUUUGAAGUGGAUGGAGAACCGAUGCAGCGAUCACCCUCCAAUUCCCCCCCGCAAAGGCACCACCAUGAGUUUCAUCAUCCACAUCGGGACCAUCAACAAACCAGGGACGCUUCCCGGGUCGAAGAGGACACCCGAUCCCGAUCCACCGUCCCACCCCUCUCCGCCGCACCCUCCAUGAGCCGCUGCCACAUUUGUUCGCGCAAGCCCAACAAGAAAUCCGACCUCGACUCCUUCGCCGACUGCCAAGGGUGCGGCCAGCGGACAUGCUACGUGUGCAUUCGCGAGUGCCUCGGCUGGGGCGGCGGCGGCGACGGUGAUGGUGGUGGUGGUCCCAGCCCAUCCUCAUACGCCCACUCGAUAACGACGACACGAACACAAACACAACAACAACCGCAACCGCGGGCGCAACCACCACAUCCCGCCGUGUCCGAGGGACCCCACCACAGUGCCCGCGCACUCCCCUCCCCCCCGGCCGCGACAACAAGCAGACCAAGAGGGGGCGCGUCUGCGGAGGAAGCGGGGGAGGUAUCAUUUACGAUGCUUGACGCAGACGACGAGGAGCAACAGGCGCAGCACGACGACAUUGGGCGAAGGGAGCGUGAGCAGGGGUGGACAACGGGCGGCGGGCACCGACGGGUGGUGUGCAGCCGGUGUUGUGUUGAGAGGGGCCAGGACGGGGAGGUGGUUUGCUUGGGAUGCUUGCCGUUUGUGGAGGGCUGA